AUGACGUUGACGAUGAGGAGAGAGACAAUCACAGCUUGCUUCCGCUGCCUUGUAUAAGUCCCUUACUCCCUAACCCUAACCGUAUACAUCUCCCUCACCGUUCUCGCCGUCAUCCUCAUCAUCCCCCAUGGCAGUUCUAGACGAGAUCGACCCCGAACUCAUGCGUCUCUGGAGCCUCAUCUCCGAGCUCUCAGACCAGCUCACCCAGAACAGGCUCCAAGUCGUCCAUCUCCAGCAACAGGCUGACCAAGUCCGCGGUCAGGCCGUACACUGCGGUAGCGGGUUUGCAUUACGACGUUGGAACACCGACAUAUCUAAAGAGGUCUUCGAAUCCGAACUAGAGCGGAUGAACGCUCACCUCGUGCUCGAAAACCAGUCUCUAAACCACGAGAACAAGCAACUGAAUGUCCUACUAAAAGAAUACGAGCAAGCACUGGAUGUGAUCAUGUCCAAGUUCCGCUCUCAUGCGCACAGUGCACAGACACACGACCUAGCUCUGGCGAAACACUACGAGACCCUGCUCUUAACCUCCCAGACGUCGUUGUUGAACGGCUCUCUGACUGCGAGUGCCCAGCAGACAGAGAGCCUCUCCCGGCUCGGUCAUCUCCUCCGAGCGGCGAUCCGAAGCCUGCAAGGCGAGCCUGGGUCACCGAACCCCUCCCCACCCGCGAGCCCAACAACUCCUGAAAAAGCGAUCGCGCGAGGACUCACGCCGUCCGAAGAGUCGCGCGACUGGAACCUAGACCGGGAGAUCGAGUUAGCGCGGCUGGAAGCGGAGAACAGUGCUCUGCGCGCGUUGCUCGGGAUCUCGGAGGGGAGUCCGGGGGAGAGGAGGAAGCUGCUCGAAGACUGGGACAGGGAGAAUGACCGCCCAUUGUCUGGGAGCAUGCUUGUUAGUGGGAGGGGAAGGCGGGGGAUGAGGAGGUCUAGUCGAGGCGGGAGCUUGGCGGGCGGAAUGGGCGGGAUGGGUGGAAUGGGCAGUAUGGGUGGGGUGGGUGGCAUGGGCUUGCCGCCGUAUGUCGCUACACAGGGCAUGUUACCCCUUGGAGGCGCGGGGAGAGGAGAGAUGAUGCGCUGAGUCUGUUGGCAGCGGUGGAAGGGAUUUGCCGUGAGGAGGGAGAUAC